AUGUUCUCCUGCAACACCAGCACUUUUGCACACACUACAUUCCUCCUCACUGGCUUUCCAGGCCUGGAGGCCUCUCAUCAUUGGGUGUCCAUCCCUAUCAACUUGAUCUGUGUGGUUUCCAUCUUUGGCAACAGUAUCAUCCUGUUCCUGAUCCGCACAGACCCAACCCUACAUGAACCCAUGUAUGUCUUCCUGUCCAUGUUGGCAGCAUCUGAUCUGGGCCUCUGUGCCUCUACCUUCCCCACCAUGGUGCGGCUCUUCUGGCUAGGUGCUCGGGAGCUGCCCUUCAACCUCUGUGCAGCACAGAUGUUCUUCAUUCAUGCCUUCACCUAUGUGGAAUCUGGUGUGCUGCUGGCCAUGGCCUUCGAUCGCAUAGUUGCCAUCCGGAACCCUUUGCACUAUGCCACAAUCCUUACCCACUCAGCCAUGGCCAAAGUGGGGGCUGCCAUUCUAGUGAGGGCUGUUCUGCUCAACCUCCCAGGACCCAUCCUCCUGCGACGUCUGCUCUUUCCCCAGGUCAGCAUACUCUCACACUGCUACUGCCUACACUGUGACCUUGUGGCUCUGGCCUGCUCAGAUACCCAGGUCAACAGUCUGGUUGGCCUGGUUUCCAUCCUCUUCUCACUGGGACUUGACUCUUCCCUGAUCAUGCUCUCAUAUGCAUUGAUCCUACAGACCGUGCUGGGCAUCGCAUCACCUGGGGAACGGAUCAAAUCACUAAAUACAUGUGUCUCACAUCUUUGCAUUGUUCUCAUCUUUUAUUUGCCCAAACUGGGGCUGUCUGUGUUGCACCGAGUAGAGAAGCACAACUAUCCUGCUCUAGCAGUGCUCAUGGCCAACCUGCACUUCUUGGUUCCGCCUUUCAUGAACCCCAUUGUCUACUGCGUCAAGUCUAAACAGAUCCGCCAGGGCCUCCUAAAGCGCUUCCAGAAGAAGAGGAUUGAUGUCUCCUAG